AUGCGCCAGCGCGGCUCGCGGAGCAGCGGGUCGACCAAGUCGACGCUCUCGCGCGUGAAGCACAUGAUCUCGCACUCGUGGGACAUGCACCUGUGCCGCGCCAUCACCUGGCCACAACAGCAGCUGACGUGCGCCAGUCGGGAGCGGGGGUGCGCCAGCUCGUUGUCCAGCAGUUGCGCCCUGAAGGCGCCCGCAGCCAUGCGUGAGCUCGGAGGCGCACCCCCAGCGGAGCACGGCGGCGCAGGCUCCGACGUGCAGCUGCGCUGCCUGCGGGCCACGCUGCGCGACGCCGGCGCGCGGCGGGCGGCGCUGGCCGCCGCUGUGGCCGGCAUCGGCUCCACAGCGGUCGGGUCCGCGGCAGGCGCGGGGAGCGGCGGGGAGGCGCCACGGCUGGACGCCAGGCUCGGCCUGGACGAGGCGGCGGGGCCCUCGGGGAAGCGGAGCUCGCGCUGGCGCUGGAGCGAUGGCUGGAGCACCAGGCCGCAGAAGCGGGCGGCCGGCUGGCGCUGGCGCCCGAGGUGCCCGGCUGGGGGAGCACCCUGGCUGCGCCGUGGCCGCUAG